CCCCCCCCUUCCCCACCCAUACCCACCGUCGGGGCUCCCAAUGCGCCGUGGGGCUGGGGGCUGCGCCGUGGGGCUGGGGGCUGCGCCGUGAGGCCGGAGCUGCCCCCCCCCACCCCAAACCCAGGGCUUCCCCCCCGUGUCCCCCCCCUCCCCAUCCGUUUCCAGGGCUCGUGUCCCCGUCCCACGUGUGCCCGUGCCGCCGGCGCCGCCUGACUCAGGGCGCGCGGCACACGUGCGGCCGCGGCACCGGGGCGCUCCCAAGGGCGCUGCCAGCCCCGGCCCUUUCCGGGGUGCUCCCCGCCGGCACGUGCGGUUCUCCCCCCCCCCCCCCGGGCCCCCCCCCCAGCCUCACGGUGCCCGCUGUGCCCGCAGGCGGUGUGAUCAGCUACGUGGGCUCCAGCGGCUCGUCGCCCAGCCGCACCAGCCCCGUCUCGCUCUGCAGCGACAGCUCCAGCGGCAGCUCCCAGCCCUUCCCCUCCUACUUCCCCCCGUCGCCCACCGGCUCCCUGCAGGACUCCCGUGCCUACGGGGGGGGCUCGCUGCCCCCCCACGAGGACGGCUCCCCUUCUUCUUCCUCCUCCUCCUCCUCCUCCUCCUCCUCGUACGGCUCCUCGGGGAGCUUCCCCGGUGCGCCGCCGGUGCCGGCGGACGAGCGGCGGCGCAGCUCGCCCAGCAAGAGCGGCAGCACCGUCACCAAGCUGAACGGCAUGGUGCUGCUCUGCAAGGUCUGCGGGGACGUCGCCUCCGGCUUCCACUACGGCGUCCACGCCUGCGAGGGCUGCAAGGGUUUCUUCCGCCGCAGCAUCCAGCAGAACAUCCAGUACAAGAAGUGCCUGAAGAAUGAGAACUGCUCCAUCGUCCGCAUCAACCGCAACCGCUGCCAGCAGUGCCGCUUCAAGAAGUGCCUGCUGGUCGGCAUGUCCCGCGACGGUGAGCCUGCCCCCCCCCCCCCGGGCCCCGGGGCCCCCCCCCCCCCCCGGGGGGGGGCGGGGCAUCCCUUGGGGCUGGGACCCUCCAACUCUGG